UCUCAAAAUAUAAUACUCGAUAAAAGUGGCAACGCCAAAGUGGCGGACUUCGGCCUGGCAUUAUUGGCGACGGCGAAGGGGGACGACGGCCAGAAGGUUGAUAUGUGUUCUGGAACCAUCGGUUAUGCAGAUCCUUUGUAUAUUUCAACGUCGGUGGUAACUGAAAAAUCAGAGGUAUACUCCUUCGGUAUGGUCCUGUUGGAACUGCUCACGACGAAGCCCCCGGCACUGCAGGACCCGCGGACUAAGGCGAUCACGGAGAUGUAUAAGGGAAUUAAUAAGGAGAAGUUGUGGAAUAUGAUUGAUUCCAGAGAAAGUCGGCGGCCUGUUUUCGUGGAGGUUGCGAAGGCGCUGAGGGAACUAAAACGGAAGAGCCAGAGUAUAGCCCAACAGCAACAGGCUGCGAUGGGAGGUCCUAUGUACGCUGCUGGGGGAGCACCCAACCCUGACAUGCGGAAUAAUGUGUAA